ACAAGGUAACAUAUUAUAGUUAAGUCACACGAUUAACACAACAAAACCAACGACAUAGAACGCUCACAAUUCAGUGUAACAAUUCGAUCUCAGACGCGCAUAACAAACGUUAUACCUAUUCAAACAUUAAAUUACGUCUUUAAAAUCAAAUACGAUGUACUUACCUUUAUUAUUAAUAUUAACUUUCACAUUUACUGGUUCGUGGGUCACUACUCCUGCUAAGGGUGCUCGAAUAUUAGCCGUGGAGACAAUUGGAGGUAAAAGCCACUGGAACUUCAUGAGUGCAAUUCUUCGGGCGUUGGUGGACAACGGACACAAUGUCACCGUUUUCACACCGUUCCUCGACGGAAACCGUGAAAACUAUACGGAAUUUGACACUUCUUUGGGAUCUGAGAAGAUACUAGAUGGGCAAAUAGAAGAGUUAAUGAAUAAAUUCGGAGAUCCUAUUAAGAUUAUUGGUCAAAUGUCAACGAUGAGUAGAAUGCUGUGCAAUGUAGUUUAUGAAAAUAGUAAAAUGAAAGAGAUACUUGCUAAUCCGCGUUCAGACGACUUCGACAUAGUUAUAAUUGAACCUAUAUUAUCGGAUUGCGUGUCGUACCUCGGCGCUAAGUUGAACUUGCCACUCAUAUACGUCAUGCCAAUACCAACAAUGGGUAUAAUGGAACGUUAUUUUACUGGGGAUAUGUCUAAUCCCGCUGUAGUUUCCUUUAAUUUAGCACAUUUUGGUAUUCCAAAAACGUUUGUUCAGAGAGCAAAAAAUUGUGCUUAUUUGGUUUACUGCACAGCCAUACUCAAAUUCGAUGAAUUUCGUAAUCGGUUAACCGAACCGCAAGAGUACGAUUUGUAUGCACCAAUUCCACCAUCUUUGAUAUUUGUAAACAGACAUUUUACAAUCGAACCGGCAAGUCCAAUCCAGUCAAACGUCGUUGAAAUUGGGGGAAUACAUUUGAAAGCACCCAGAAAGUUACCAAAAGAUAUAUUAGAAUUUAUCGAACAGUCGCCUAAUGGUGUAGUUUAUUUCACUUUCGGCUCAACUGUUAAAAUGGCUUCAUUACCAGAACAUAUCAAAAAAGCAUUUAUUGAAUCUCUCGCACAAAUCCCACACAGAGUGUUAAUAAAAUAUGAAGAUGAACUAGAACCGAUGCCAAGAAAUGUGAUGACUAAAAAGUGGCUACCUCAACGUGAUAUUCUAGUGCACCCAAAAGUGAAACUUUUCAUCAGUCACGGAGGUAUUUCUGGAUUAUACGAAGCUAUAGAUGGUGGUGUCCCCGUUCUUGGAUUUGGUCUAUUUGGUGAUCAACCAAAAAAUAUUGACAAUUUAGUUAAUGCAGGAAUGGCUAUUUCUAUGGAUAUUUGGUCGGUGACGAAAGAAAAUUUCUUAAAAAAUGUUUUAGAACUACUCAACAAUAAAAAAUAUACGGAAAAUGCUAAAACUGCAUCGAGAAUAUUCAAAGAUCGAUCUAUAUUACCGACAAAUUCAGUUGUAUACUGGACAGAGUAUGUUCUACGUCAUAAAGGAGCUCCACAUUUGAAAUCUUACGCGCUUAAUCUAUCGUGGUAUCAAUACUAUCUGUUAGAUCUUAUUACUUUAAUAUUAUCUUUUAUUAUUGUAGUUUUUUUUGUUACCUAUAAAAUGUUUAAAUCUAUUUCUACAUACUUUUCAAAUUAUUCUAGAAAUAAUAAAUCGAAAUCUGAAUAAUUCAUAAUAUUACUAAUAUUAUAUCAUAAGGUAUUUCUAAACUGUACACCAGACGUACUAUACAUAUUAAAUAGUGCAACUGGUACAAAAAUCAUUUUUUUUCCUCUAAAUAAAAUCACAAAGUUUCAAUUUUUAACAAUGUUCUCCUUAUUUUAGAUACUUUUAUACAACCGUUAAUUAUUAUUAUUUAUUUUUAAAUCUUAAGUGAUGAAAAGUUUACUGUUGAAUCGUUAUGUAUUAUUAAGAUUGGAAUGAAUGCAUUUUUUCUUAAAUUUAAUAUAAUUGAAUUAUAUUUUUUAAAUGGAGAAUUUCAUUUUUUAUACUUUACUGUUCUUAAUAUUUGAAGUUAUUUCUUAAUAUUGGACUAUUUGAAUAAUUAUUAUAACAUUUUUGUAAUAAAGGUUAUUUAAAUAUA